UGCACUUGGAGCUGCCGAGCCGCGGAGGCCGAGGCCUGGGCCGAGCCCCGAGCAGCCGCUCGCCGGAGUCCCCCGGAGCCCCCCGCGCCGGCUCAGCCUGGCGGCGGGCUGGAGUCCCGCCCGCCGCCUCACGCCGGACAGAGGCUGCAUGCCGGAGGACCAGGCCAGCGCAGCGAUGGAGGAGGCAUCUCCCUAUUCCUUACUUGAUAUCUGCCUCAGUUUCCUGACGACUCACCUGGAGAAGUUCUGCUCAGCACGACAGGAUGGGACGCUGUGUCUGCAGGAGCCUGGAGUGUUCCCACAGGAGGUGGCUGACCGACUGCUUCAGACCAUGGCCUUUCACGGUCUGCUGAAUGAUGGAACCGUGGGUAUUUUUAGGGGCAACCAGAUGCGCUUAAAGCGAGCGUGCAUUCGCAAAGCAAAGAUCUCAGCUGUCGCUUUCCGGAAAGCCUUCUGCCACCACAAGUUAGUGGAACUUGAUGCCACAGGUGUGAAUGCCGACAUCACCAUCACAGACAUUAUCAGUGGGCUUGGCAGUAACAAGUGGAUCCAGCAAAAUCUCCAGUGCCUCGUGCUGAACUCGCUAACGCUCUCCCUCGAGGACCCCUACGAGCGGUGCUUCAGUCGGCUUUCUGGCCUUCGCGCUUUAAGCAUCACCAAUGUCCUCUUUUACAAUGAAGACCUGGCUGAGGUGGCCUCGCUGCCAAGAUUAGAGAGCCUGGACAUUUCUAACACCUCCAUCACAGACAUCACUGCUCUGCUGGCCUGCAAAGACCGACUCAAGUCUUUAACCAUGCACCACUUGAAAUGUUUAAAGAUGACCACCACCCAGAUACUGGAUGUUGUUCGGGAGCUCAAGUACCUGAAUCACCUGGAUAUCUCAGAUGAUAAACAGUUCACAUCGGACAUAGCUCUCCGCUUGCUAGAACAAAAGGACAUCCUACCCAACCUUGUCUCCCUGGAUGUUUCUGGGAGAAAGCACGUGACAGACAAAGCCGUGGAAGCCUUCAUACAACAACGGCCCAGCAUGCAGUUUGUAGGUUUGCUGGCCACUGAUGCUGGUUACUCUGAAUUCCUCACAGGCGAAGGACAUUUGAAGGUGUCUGGAGAAGCCAAUGAAACUCAGAUUGCAGAAGCACUGAAGCGGUACAGCGAACGAGCGUUCUUUGUCCGGGAAGCUCUCUUUCACCUUUUUAGCCUGACUCAUGUGAUGGAAAAGACAAAGCCAGAAAUUUUAAAGCUUGUAGUUACUGGGAUGAGAAACCACCCUAUGAACUUGCCAGUGCAACUGGCUGCAAGCGCCUGUGUAUUUAACUUAACCAAGCAAGAUCUUGCUGUAGGAAUGCCUGUUCGACUCCUGGCUGAUGUGACCCAUUUGCUGCUCAAGGCCAUGGAACAUUUUCCCAAUCACCAGCAGUUACAGAAGAACUGCCUCCUUUCACUUUGCAGUGACCGGAUCCUUCAAGAUGUUCCAUUUAACAGGUUUGAAGCGGCCAAGCUUGUCAUGCAGUGGCUCUGCAACCAUGAGGACCAAAACAUGCAAAGGAUGGCAGUUGCUAUCAUUUCCAUCCUGGCUGCCAAGCUUUCUACUGAACAAACUGCACAGCUUGGUGCUGAGCUCUUCAUUGUCAGGCAACUUCUGCAAAUAGUGAAGCAGAAAACCAAUCAAAAUUCAGUGGACACUACGUUGAAGUUUACUUUGAGUGCACUCUGGAACCUCACAGAUGAAUCCCCAACCACUUGCAGACACUUUAUUGAAAACCAAGGGCUGGAACUCUUCAUGAGGGUCCUCGAGUCGUUCCCAACUGAGUCAUCCAUUCAACAGAAAGUUCUAGGACUUCUGAACAAUAUAGCUGAAGUACAAGAGCUGCACUCGGAACUCAUGUGGAAGGACUUUAUAGACCACAUCAGCAGUCUGCUGCACAGUGUGGAGGUGGAAGUCAGCUACUUUGCAGCUGGAAUAAUUGCCCACUUAAUAUCCAGAGGUGAACAAGCUUGGACACUGAGCCACAGCCAGAGAAAUUCUCUCCUGGAUGAUUUGCAUUCAGCUAUUUUGAAAUGGCCAACUCCAGACUGUGAGAUGGUAGCAUACAGGUCCUUUAAUCCAUUUUUCCCAUUACUUGGCUGUUUUACAACACCUGGAGUCCAGCUAUGGGCAGUUUGGGCCAUGCAACACGUCUGCAGCAAGAAUCCUUCUCGGUACUGCAGCAUGCUGAUAGAAGAAGGAGGACUGCAGCACUUAUACAACAUCAAAGAACACGAACAAACUGAUCCGCACGUCCAACAGAUUGCCGUGGCCAUUCUGGACAGUUUAGAAAAACAUAUUGUACGCCAUGGGAGGCCACCUCCUGGUAAAAAGCAGCCGCAGGCCAGACUAAAUUGAUAGCCAUAGAUAAUUGGAUAAUUGAACCACAGGAAUUCUUUUUGUGAUUGGUGUGUUUGGAAUACCCUGCCCUCUGUGAUGUUGUGGGGUUUCUGACCACAGUCAUCCACCAGUUUGGGAUUGAUCAUGUAUAGUACUGCCCAUGUGAACAGUCUCUAAUUUGUCUUGUGAUUUUUAACUUACGCGGCACAAAGGGUCUCCUCCCUCAUCGUUGCCCUUUAGGAAAUUUUCCACAUCUUUCAGUGUUUGAACUCACCUGUGCUUGAGAUUCUACAGUUUUAUGAUAAAGUUUGCACGAACCGUUAGGCCAAAUUUUCUGAUCUCAAAGUCCCUUCCAAUCAAUUUGCAGCUCCAAGUAAGCUGUUAACCUGAUUUCUGGCACUGCUUCCACUGUAAAUUUUAUACUGCUUCUGUAUAAAAUGUCUUUAUUCUCUGUCUAUGUAACUUUUAUAAGAUGUCCUUCUUAGUGUCAAAGAAUGGAAAUCUAGUCUCCUUAUGGAAACUACAGACUGGCAGAAGCCUGGUUGGCUGAUAGAAAAAUAGAAAGAAAAACUAGGAAGGGAGCAUAGAAUCUAGGAUGUGGGAAUCGCUGUCACGGUUUACUUUUCCAACUAUUCCUUCUAUCCUUCCGGGGCCCACCUCUCUGAGACAGUGAGCAGCAGCAGCCUGUUCUCUGUAGUUAGGCUUGGAAGCAUGUUGUGCUGCUUCUGCACAGACUGCUGGGCCUCCCUAGAUAUAUACUCCCAAUCACCACAGUGUAAAAUAUUACAGCAUUCUGUGUUCGGGACUCACUGUCCAAAUCUGUAUGUCAAAUUGUUGUGAAAAUGUAAUUUAAAAAAAAAAAAUUGUCUGCAGUUAAAACUGACCAUUUGUUUCAGUUUCAGCCAUUUUUGUAGUGUACACAUGGUGUUAACCUGCUCAGUUAAAAUAUAAUUGACUACAAUUGUAGUAAAUUUUAUUACAAAAGUUAAAUUUUCUUUUGUUCAAAACACGUGUAUCUUCUUAAUGUGUUCAUUUUGGAGAAAGAUGUCCACAUCUCACUGCCAGAAAUGCAAGAGAAGAAUUAGACUGCUGUUAAAUGGUGAAAUACAAUGAUUCCACCUGCAGUGCAUAAAAGGAAAUAUUUUUGAUGGAUUACUUUUCAGACAAUUGCAUUUCCUUAAGAUACCUGAUCACUAUAGUAAAGAAUCAGUUAAUAGCUAUCUAGUACUUGGGGAGCCAACAACAGCUACUUAGUCUACAACCUCACAUGAUGACACAGAUGGCCAUAAAUGGCCAAAAUGUUCCCAAUAGAGAUUUUAAAUGGGAUGUUUUAAUUAUGGUGACUAAAUUUUAAUUUAGGAAGGAACAGGUUCACUAAUAUGCUGAUAACAUUUUUGACAUGUUUCAUACCACUAUCAGAAUAAUCAAGCUUGAAUUUAUUGGAGUUCCUUCACAAGGAUAAAAACUGACUUAAAUGAAAAUGGGAAUUUAGAACCACUAAAAACUGUAUUAAAUUGUGAAUUGAUUCUGUCUUAAUUGGCUUGAGGAAUUUUUAUAGGCAUAAGAUGAAUUUUCAGAUUGUUUAUUUCAAAGGAAAUGAAAAAUCCUUUUAAAAAGUUUUUUGGGGGUCUUUUUAAAAGUUUUAAUUUCUAAGGCAAAAUUCAGGAAACAGGAUGGCCUGCAGUAGCCAGAAAGUUACAAUGCUGACCACUUCUAGAGUAGUUAAGGGCAAGCCGAUUUGAGAAGUUUAGCUACAAGUUUCAAAAGUAUGUGUUCUCUAAGGGUAUGCUAAGUUUUCAUCUUUGCACAUUGUUUUCAGAACUGGCUAAAAUGUACAGAAAACAGUAAAUCCCUUCUUUACUCAGAAUAAUUUCUUGAUAGAUGAAGGCCCAAAAAUAUUUAAAAUUGUCUUUAAGUAACUAAAUAAACUACUGUGAUCAUCAGUAGUGGCCAGGUACUUCUGAGUCUAAAAGCAAAAUAACUGAACAUAACUCAAAUAUGUAAAAAUUAUAGUGUCUUUGUGGUUGGGAUGGUUCUUAAAAUUGAGUAUAUAAUUAAGGCACAGAAUUGUUCAUAAGGUCUGGAAUCUGGCUAAAACAUAGUAGAUGUAGAUAACUUAAAUUAUAAGGUAGAACUGGCCAGUCUGGAGUUCAGACUCUGGGAGGCCUCCCUUUUAUAACUACUUGGUGCCUUCAAGGGUUACCUUUCAGGUGGCUUAGAGGUCUGUUUAAAGCACAGUUUUGGCCACGGUUGAACUACUUUGUUGCAGCAAUCAUUGGUGUGCUCAGAUAUUGCAAAACAUCACUAAAGCAGUUCCCAAUCCACUAAAGGAAAUGGAAUUUGAGUUUUUAGAUGGUAAUGAUACAUGUUGGUAUCACUGAGCAAAAUAAGAACAAAUUAGAGCAAAUAUAAUUGAGGCAUUAUAUUUUUUUGCAUCAAGUAAAUUUUGCUAUGGUCUUUAUACCUUAAACAAUAAUUUUUUUUUUCCUUUUUUAGUUAAAAGGAGACAAAUUGAAUAGUAAUAGUUGUAGUCUACCCUGUAGGCAAGGACUCAGUGGCUACUGAUCUUAGUUGAAGGUUUUUAAAAAGCACAUUAGACCAACAAUUCUGGAACUGACUAUAAAUAUUGCUGCUUCUUCCCCUUGGACAGGAAUGUCUUUUAAUAGCAGUAAAGGCAUUUAAAGGCAGAGGUGAAUAAGGCUGCUUUGGGAGUUCAUGCUCAUGAUCUUUUAUUUGAAAACUUCCAAAGACUCAAAGAAUCAUGUCUAAAACCAUCAAUCUUAUAUAUCCAGCUCUAGGGAGCUUCUCUUAAAAAUGGGAUCUUUUGUGUUGGCCUAUUUUCUCCCCACUUUAAUUUGGCUUCAAUUAUGCCAUGUGUUAAGAUGGCUCUGGGCCAGGGCUGGUAUUGUAGCAUAGUGGGUUAAGCUGCCACCUGUGGCACUGGCAUCCCAUAUGGGCACCUGUUCCAGUCCUAGAUGUUCCACUUCUGAUCUAGCUCCCUGAGAAUGGCCUGAGAAAAUGGUGGAAGAUGGCUUAAGUGCUUAGAUUCCUGUACCCACAUGGGAGACCCAGAUGAGGAUGAAGCUCCUGGCUUCGGCCUGGUCCCGCCCUGGCUGUUGUGGCCAUUUGAGGAGUGAGCCAGCAGAUGGAAAUUCUAUCUCUCUUCCCUCUGUAACUCUGCCUUUCAAAUAAAUUAAUAAAUCUUUUAAAGAAUUACAGAGAAAGUAAUAAUAAUAAUUUAAAAAGAUGGCAUUGAGCCAUCUUCCAUUCCUUUUGAGCACACUUUAAUGAAAACAUAUUUUUAUAUGCUAAAUUGGCAUGAAUCCAAUUAAUGAGUUACAGGUUUAGUGUUUUAAAAUGCAUUGCCCCCCCAUGGAAAGAUGUGAAGCAGUGCGCAAGGAAGAACAGUGACGGCAGGGAAAAUAAACUCACUGUUUUGUUUAUAAAAACAAAUUGCAAAACCCACACUCUCUUGCAUUCUAAUGGUUUGUUUACACUAUUGGGUUAUUGUAUAGCUUUUAUUACAGUAUAAACAGUAUUACUGAACUUGAGGUAUAAGUUAAAUUCAGUGUCAUACUGUUGGUGGAUAUGGGCUCUUCCAGUUACAUCUGUAUGUUACUUAUCUGGGGACUUGGUACCACCAGAGUUUCAGAAAGUGCUCUGAGACAGCUUCCAGAGAGGUUUGCAAACUUUGGUUUCCCGUUCAAAUUGUUUUAGCAGUUUCAAAUGAUUUUAAGGAUACUGGAUGUUUAGUCUUUACUAUUUGCUGUGUGUUGAGAAAUUUUAAAUUUUUCCUGUUUACUCAUGAACUGUUUAGGAAUAAUGCAAAAACCAACCUUCGUCCAGUGAUGAGAAUAGCACUAUGAUAGGAAUCUUGCUGAUUGUGCUUUAAAUGAUUAAUUGUUUUAUCUUAUUUAAUACUUCAUAGACUUUGCAUGACAUGGUAUACUCCUAAUUAUGCAUUUUUUUUGGUUUCCAAAUCCUAACCUAGGACACUCUAUGUUAACUGGUAGCCUAAGAAAGAGCUAGCUUUUUCUGCCUGUUUUUCUCCUGUCCACUUUUUGGGGUAAUUAUGCAAAGAUCAAUGCUGUUUCUUACUACUCUGAAUGACGUAAAGUUCUUUUGGACAGUUCUACCCUUAUAGCCAGAAAGAAUGGCUACUAUGAACAUUUCAAAAAUGGAAAUUUUAUCAAAAUUAUUUUAUUGAAAAUCAUAAACCCAGUUCAUUAGUAGUAUUGCUUAAUUUUGAACUUCCUUUGAGGAAAACUGCAAAUUUGAUUCUUUUACACUUAUUUUAAUCUAAGCUGAUUAGAAGCAGUGACUUACCUAAUAAAAGGUGAUGAAAGCAGUAAUUUGAGAGCAUUUUUCUCUUUAAAAAAAAAAUGGGAGGAUGUGGGCCUUGCAGUUAAGGUGCUCUCCUCCCAUUUCAGAGUGACUGGGUUCCAUAUCUGGCUCCAAUCCUGACUCCAGUUUCCUGCUAAUGCAGUUUGUGGGAAGCAGUGGUUAAGGCUCAAGUGACUGGGUUCCUGCCACUCAUUGGGAGACCUGGAUUGAAUUCCAGGCUCCAAGCUUCAGCCCCACUGGGGCUGUUGCUGACAUGUGGGGAGUAAACCAGUCUCUAAGAGCUCUCUGUGUGUCUUCUCCCUGUUCUGCCUCUCAAAUAAAUAAAUGAAAAUUAAAACAAAAUUGAGAAGACAGGGGCUAGCACUGUUGCACAGCAGGGUAAGCCACUGCUUAUGACACCUGUGAAGCUGGCAUCUGUCUCUCCCUCUCUGUAGCUCUGCCUUUCAAAUAAAUCUUCAAUACAAUGGGAAGGUGUUUUAUCAAUAUUUAUACUCUCAGAUAAACUAAAAGAAUGAAAUUUUAAAACUCCAUAACUUUUGUAGAAUUCCCACUGUCAAAUUCUCACUGACAUGUGAGAGAAAAGUAUCUUUUGCUUGAAUUCUGAUGGAAAAGUUUAACUCCAAUCAAAGGAUAUGAAAAAGUCAAUGGAAAAUGUAAUGUGUAUAUAUUUCAAAGACUCAAUUAUCUGGACUGAAGGCAUAUUCUCUCUAUGGCCAGAUAAAUGGGGAUAUUCUGUACAUGAAACAUUCUACAUUUUAAAUCAGGACAACACUUAAGUAUUAAUGUUGUGUCUAUAGAUUUUUGUUUGGGGAUUUUUUUUUUUGCCUAAAUAAA